AUCUGAAGUAUGAGAUAUUGAAGCUAUUCCCAAACAUGAGAAGAUAGUUUUGGCUUGAAAGUCGUAUCUUGUUGAUUUAUAGUUGGGUAGGUAGGUCGGUAGGUAGAUGAUGGUACUAAUAUUAGUGCCAGAGGUGGUUUUGGUGGGAUGUAAUCACCCCACCAUAAGCUUUGAAUUGUUCAAUUGAAGCUUCAAUCAAUGCGUCAUCCAUCAACUUUCACAACGAACUAAGAGCCAACUGCCAAAAUCUCGCCACUUGUUGUGUCCAUAAAGCUACGAUAUAUAUUUAUCUAGUAUCCAUCUCAACCGUCAACGACUCGAAAUCAAUCUUUCAAAAUAGCUUCCAAAGCCUCUGCCCGACUUUUGCGUCUCGCUCGCACAAUGUCUACAUCAACCACCACUCCAGCAUCCAUCGGUCAAGCUCCAUGGCGUCCUCUUUUCCUUUCCCAUCUCUCCAAGAUGGAUUCCCCGGAAUUUGUUCUCUCAUCAUUACAGCCAAGCAAUGACAAGGACUCUCCUACUCCUUAUCUUCCUCGAGCUCGUUACUGCAUCUACAGAGGAAUGUGGGCCGAGCUUCCAGAGAACAAACACAACGAUGCUCCUAUGAAUGAUCGAGUUUACGAGAGUGAUCUUCCAACUUUUACCACAGAUGUGCGUAUGGAGAAGGUCCCCCAAUUUUUUGCUAGUUCACAGGGUCAUGGAGAGGUAGAACAGAGUCAGGGUAGUGGUGGUGGUGGACCUGUCGAAGCAGUUUUCUGGAUCAAAGAAGUCAUGACUCAAUGGAGAGUGAAGGGAGAGGCUUAUAUCGUAGGUCAAGACAUUGAAGGGAGUGGUCAAGAAUCAAGUGGAACACGAACUGUAAAGACAAAGAUUGGAGAGAGAAUGAGAGUUGUGAAGGAAGAUGGAAAAGAAGGUUGGAGUUGGGGAAAAGAACUUACUGCACACUUUGGCAACAUCAGCCCGGGAAUGAGAGGCUCUUUCAAAAAUCCUAUACCUGGAACACCCGUUUCGCAGCCACCAAGCGAUCCAAAUUGGAAAUUGGGUCAAAAAGUCACUGAUUUGAAUGAUGAAGCUUCCAGAAAGAAUUUCAGGGUUGUGAUUAUCAAACCUGUGGAGAUCGAACAACUUGAUUUGAGUGAACCUGAUAAAGCAAGGAGAUGGAGAUUUACUUACGUCGGCCCCGAUGGAGAUGCUGGAAAGGGAGAAGAGAUUAUUGGGGAAUGGAAGAAGGAAGAGCUUUGGCCAUAAAUUAUCAAGUAGAGCUCCGACUCGACAAAAUGGCAAUGCGGCAGAUGCAAAGCUGUAAUAAAAAUUUCAAUUCAAGCCUUCCUUUUUUCUUCCUCCUUCCUUAAAACUCCAUGGAGAUCAUAAUUAUCUAAACCUUGGCUUCCUGCGGUUGGUGGUUGGUGGUUGGGUACGAAACACAAUACCUCGCAAAACAGCGGUAAGUUUGCCGCACACAACUUGAAUGCUCUUCAUUUAAGUAUCAUUUCCCACCAUUUCCACCCAUGUAUCAAACACUUGAGUGGCUUUCUCAUAAUCCAUGCAUCAAAAAAAGCGAUGGCGGCCGUUUUCUGCAUAAAGCACGUGUGACAAGGAACGGGAAGAGUCAGACUAGUCUAAUUCUCGAAAUGCCUCACCGUCUGAAAAUGAACCGGAUCGGGUAGAAUUGAUUCCCCGGGAGGGGUAGAGGAGAUGAUAGGAAGCCCUAUAUUGGCAGAGCUUUUUACUCCGUGUAUUCUGUAGUCUCUAAUGGAGAAAACUUUUUGAAUGCAUUAGAGUGAGAUGGACUCAUUUCUCGACACAGGGUAGCUAGCUAUCAUGUAGUGGGAUUCAUUAUUCAGGUAGAUCAACAUAACAC